CGGAAGCUAUGAAAACAAACAGUUUGCGAGGUCUCUGCUAAACUGUCCAGAGAUGAUUAACUUUCUUGCUUGUUUGGCGAUUUGUGUAGAUUUUUACAAAGACCGAUAAGCAUAGAUCUACUCGGCUAUUGUUGGAUUCACAAUAGGCUAGGCUAGAAACUGCCGAUACCACAGUCGGCCGACAGCGGCCAUGCAAAGUCGAGACCCUUUGACCUUUGGUUGGCGCUGGCGGCAAACUAUUCAUCUUCGGGAAUUCCCGAUCGUACAUUUUCUCAGGCCGCCCGCCCACACCGAAAUUCUUCGACUGCUGAGCAAAGAAAAUGAAUGAAGGAAGAAAGAAAUGAAUGAAUGUGACCGUUGACGUGGCAGUUGGCUGCUAGCCAGAAUUCAUCAUCAUGAUGGACCCCCAGAGACUUAUGGUGACCCCUGACCCCGCAAUGACCCCUAACACCGCGAUGACCCCUGUUCCCACUGUAGACUCUGACCUCAAGAUGACCCUCGACCUUUCUCUAGCCUCUGAUCUUGUGAUGACCCCUGACUCCACUGUAGCCUCUGUCCUUGCUGUAAACCCUAACUCCAGGAUAAUCCCUGAUCCUGCUGUGAACUCUGACCCCUCGAUGAACCCUGACCCCGCACAGGAGGCGUCUCUUGCUGCUGAGGACUGGGCAAGACAGUUUCAAGGAGAUUAUGAGAUGGAGGUGUGCCAAGAAGACUCCCAGAUGGAGAGUUACUAUUACUAUCAAAAAUGCCUCAAGAAUCGCGGGCAUCAUAAUUUUGUUCCGGUGAAAUCUCUGAAGCUCAGUCAUCUGCCCGAGGUGUGGAGAUAUCGCAAAAACCUCAAGUGGGUCAAGCAAAUGGCGAGACAGACGGUGCUGGUGCGGGUGAACUACACAAGCCCCGACAGGCCGGAGGGAUAUCCGUUUGCCAAGUACAACGGGAAGUGUGUCGUCCGCACUGGCACGGGGUUUGCAGGACGGUCCCAGCCGUGGGUCGUGAAACCCUGCCCGUUCGCUGACUGCAAGCACGGCUCAGACCCGCACGAUGUGUUGACGUUUGUCGUGAAGACGGCGGCUCACGUGGUGUACGACACGAGCGAGGCGGAGCACACGGAAGUGGAUUUCUUCUAUGACGAUGACGGCGCCAAGGACCCCAGCAGCCAGAAAUCUCCGGAACAGGAAGCUGUUGUCACAGCUCGUGGUAUCAGGAGAGUGAAAGUUGAUGUAUCCGGGGACUUGUGUCGCAUCGAAUGUGCCGCCCACGAUAUGGAUCUGUUUAAGAAACUGCGUGGAGAAAAGUCUGUGUUCCACCAGCUGAAAAAAGGCACAAGUUUAAGUUUUAUCAUAUCGCACCCUCAUGGGUGGGAGAAGCAGGUCUCGUUUGGCAAAGUGGUAGAUGUCAAGUAUCUGGACUCGGUGACAGUCCAGACGCCUGUACCCCAGUGGACGAAAAUCACUCGCCAUUGUCUGCUGUAUUACAAUAUCCCGACGUGUCGAGGAAGCUCCGGCGCCAACGUCUUCGACUGGCGGCGCGACGAGCAAGGUCGUCACUCCCAGCACCAGGCUCUGCACAGUAAAGGGGGCUCUCAGGGUCCAGGGUCUUGCAAUGCCAGCUGUAAAGGCGUUUGUAUAGAGGAGGUGAGUUGAGGCAGUCACAGAAUGAAACCUUUGAUGCUAAGGCAUAUCUGUUUGAAUCAGUGAAAGAGUUAUUUAAAAGAGGUGACUUCUUUGACUGCAUUUAUUAAGUUUGGUCAUAAAACACAUUUAUUUAAGUUUUGUUUUACUAUUUUUCUUCCAACACCAAGUGUAAUCAGUAACCACACUGAUUGUUAUUUUGUAUAAUAUGUGUUAUUUGUUAGAUUACGUACGAGUGUAUAUUAUGUAUUUAAAAGAAUUUUUGUACUUUGAUUUGUAUGUUGAAUGUGCCAGUAUGCAUGAGACUUUGAAUUAAAUCUUAUAUUUUAUUGUGAGGCACCUAGAGCCAUCAGGGAGUGGGUGCUAUAGGCUUGAUCUGUAUGUUAUUAUUAUCAGAAAAAGGAAUACUUUAGUUUAGUUUACUUUAAGCUACAAAGGUGUCCAUGUGUGAAAAAGUUACGUUGAUCCAUUGAAAUGGUAAACUUGGGCAUUAUGAUUUGUAGUACGAAGUUUUUCUCCUCAUUUGGAAAUGAGUCGUGUUUGAAUGAGAUGAAAUUGAAGGCAAGUGAGGCAGGGGUAGACCCAGAGGAACUUGAUAGAAAAGCCUAAACAGAUGGAUGACGGGUGGAAAAAAUCAGAAUCUUCUUCCUCUUUGCGUUCUCGUGCUAGAUCUCAGGGGUAGUCGACUGCUGGCUCUUCAACCUGCAGUGCAGCUGAUUUUUACAUAUAUAUAUGUGAUUUCUGGCAUUGACCAGAUGACAAGGACAUGUGGUUACUUGAGGGAGGCAUUGCGCUGCCAAGAGCGAAAUGCUCGCAGCUAAAGGGAUUUGAAAACAAACAACAACCUAUGUGUGACUGUUUUACCUACUUGGUAGGACCGUGCCAUCUGACAGCCACUUUCUGAAUUUGAAGCUACUCUCCAUGUUUUUAUGCUAACUAAUAUAGAGUGUUUUAGACUUUGGAGAGAUCCGAA